UAUUUUGCAGGAAUCUCUCUAUUCUAUCCACAGGUGUUUAAAUAUAUAAAGUUUGGACAAAUUCUAAAUUUAGGAAUUGCAUACUAAGAUUCUUUUUCUUUAAAAUUUCUUCCGAUAUAAAAGCAUAUGAAAUUCUUACUGCUAUAAUUCAACUUAAUUUUGUCUAACUUGCGUGUGUUUAUUUUCUUUAAGCAACAUUAUACUUACAAUGAAACUAAAACACCUUGAGAAAGUUGUAAAUCUUCUCUUACUGUGUGUAUAAUCUCUAGUGCCUAUGGUGCAGGAAUGAAAGUGAGGAUAUUAAGAACAUUGUUGAACAAGUUACUCAUAUGCUGGAAAUGAAGGAAUUGUUCGUUGCUAAUCAUCCCGUAGGAAUUGAAUCUCGUGUUGAAGAGGUGAUUCAACUAUUAAAAGACCAGCAACAAGAAAAUCCUCUACUACGUGGUAUAUGAGGCAUGGGAGGGAGUGGUAAAACAACCAUUGCCAAAGCGGUUUAUAAUAAAAUUUUCCGUGAGUUUGAAGGUCGGUGUUUCCUCCUAAAUAUAAGAGAAGUUUGGGAUCAAGAUAAUGGAAUUCUUCAUUUACAACAACAACUUCUUUCUGCUAUCUACAAGACAACGAAAAUAAAGAUUGAAAACACUGAAUCUGGAAAAUCAAUAUUAGAGAGAAGACUUGGCCAGAAAAGGAUACUUCUUGUACUUGAUGAUGUGGACAAAUUGGAGCAGCUAAAUUCUUUAGCUGCAAGCCGUAAAUGGUUCUGUCCCGGUAGCAUAAUAAUCAUCACAACAAGAGACGAGCAUCUUCUACGUUGUCUUAGAAUUGACAAGUUAUAUAGUAUGAAAGAGUUAAAUGACAAAGAAUCCAUUGAACUUUUUAGCUGGCAUGCAUUCAAAGAACCAUGUCCAAAAGAAGAGUUCGCUUCACUUGCUAAUGAAGUUGUUUCAUAUUGUGAGAGAUUGCCACUGGCUCUUGAGGUAAUUGGGUCACAUCUGUUUAAUAGGAAAGUAUAUGAAUGGAGGAGUGUUUUGAAUAAACUCAAAACUAUUCCAAACAAUGAUGUACAGAAGAAGCUUAAAAUAAGUUUUGAUGGUCUAAGUGAUGAUAGGAAUAGAGAAAUAUUUCUUGAUGUAGCAUUUUUCUUGAUUGGAAUGGACAAAAAUGAUGUAACUGAUAUAUUAAAUGGCUGCGGGCAUUCAGCUGAAAUUGGAAUAAAUGUUCUUAUGGAACGAUGCCUUGCCUUAUUACUGUGGACACUAAGGGAAAACUUGGUAUGCAUGGUUUGCUGCGAGACAUGGGAAGAGAAAUUAUUCGCAAGAGUUUGCCAAUGAAACCUGAGGAACGCAGUAGAUUGUGGAAUUCAGAUGAAGUGCUUAAUGUAUUAUCAAAGGACAUGGUAAGAAUUUCAAGUAUAUUUUCAAAUUCAUAUAACAACAAUGAUAUAUUGUGAAAACUUUUGUUUCAUCCUUUUUAAUUAUAUUUUCAAACAACGGAGUGGAACUUCAAUUAUAUUCCAUU